CAAAAGCAUCACUCUCUCUCUAUUACUUUCCUCUCUGUAUCAAUCAAUCUCUUCCCAAGUUUAUCUUUAUCUCUCUUUCUCACUACGCACCAUUAAAACCAGAGAUAAGCUGCUCUUGCCAGCUGAACCAACACUCUGUAAUUACCCAUAAGCCCUGUUUUCCUCGUACCUGGCACCCAUGCAUAGCUUUAACCUCUCUAUCUAUUUUACUCACUGAAACUCAAACACAAUUGCUUUUUCGUAUUCUGAUACUCUCUGACAGAUCUGUCUCACAUUUUUGGUGAACAAUGAGUUGUCAGAGACAAGAAGAAGUUCUUCUCAUAAACGCGCUUUUGUUCGUCUUUUUGAUUUCUUCGGCGAGUUCUUUGAAUAGAGACGUCGCCGUUUUGCUUCGAGUCAAGAACGGCCAACUCGAUGAUCCUGUCGGUAGACUCAGUGACUGGAACGAGUCAACUCACAAUGCUCCAUGCAGCUGGACAGGCAUCACCUGUGAUGCUCAGAGUCACCGUGUCGUGUCCAUCGACCUCGUUAGCUUCGGCGUUUCCGGCAAUUUUCCGGCGGAUUUCUGUCGGAUUUCGACGCUCGAAAGCCUCAACCUUUUCGAUAACAAUUUGAUGGGUACAAUCUCUGCAAACUCAGUCUCUCUUUGCCCUCAUCUCCGAUUCUUGAACCUCUCCGCCAACUUGUUCGUUGGCGGAUUGCCGGAGUUCCAUACAGAAUUUGCCAACUUGAGCUCGCUCGAUCUUUCAGCGAACAAUUUUACUGGUGAAAUCCCGACGAGUUUCGGCAACUUACCGAAACUUCAGGUGCUUUGCCUUGUGAAUAACUUGCUCAAUGGCUCAAUACCUGAGUUCUUGACCAAUUUGACAGAGUUUACUCGUCUUGAACUCGCGGUAAAUCCAUUCAAAUCGAGUCCAUUGCCUUCCACAAUCGGACGCCUCACCAAGCUUCAAAAUUUAUAUCUGGCGACCUCAAACCUCAUCGGAGACAUUCCUCACUCUGUCGGAGACCUAAUUUCUCUCACAAAUCUCGAUCUUUCGAACAAUAUACUCACCGGCGAAAUUCCGGCCAGUAUUGCCGGUUUGAAAAAUGUCGAACAAAUCGAACUCUACCUGAACAGACUGUCAGGUGAAUUGCCAGACACUUUUGCGACCUUAACUUCAUUGCGUCGAUUCGACGCUUCUCAGAACAAUCUCACCGGGAAAAUACCGGAGAGUCUCGCCGGUUUGCCUAUCGAAUCAUUUCAUCUCAAUGACAACAGCCUCGAAGGAGAAAUUCCAGAAAUUUUAUCUUCUAACCCUAAGCUUUACUCGCUGAAGUUGUUUAACAACAAAUUUUCCGGUGCUUUACCGGUGAAUUUAGGAAAAAAUUCAGAUUUGGAGGAAUUUGAUGUAUCCGGAAACCAAUUAGAAGGUUCGCUGCCUCCGGAUCUGUGUUACAGACAGAAAUUUCAACGUUUAAUCACUUUCGAUAAUAGAUUUUCUGGUCCGAUUCCAGAGUCUUACGGCGAGUGCGGUUCUUUAACUUGCGUACGCAUCUUCAACAACGAACUUUCUGGACAAGUACCAGUCAAUUUCUGGAGUUUUUCCGGACUAGAAUUAAUUCAACUCUACAGCAACAGAAUGGAAGGUUCGAUUCCGGCUACAAUUUCCAACGCUCGAAACCUAACUGAGUUACAGAUCUCGGGCAAUAACUUUUCCGGCGAGUUGCCGUCGGAGAUAUGCGGGUUGCAAGAACUCGCAAUUAUGGAUAUAAGUAAAAAUCAAUUUUCCGGCACACUGCCUUCGUGCAUAACAAAAUUGAAAAGGCUACAGAAGCUCGACCUUCAAGAGAACAGAAUCACCGGUGAAAUUCCAAAAGCUGUUAGUACAUGGACUGAGCUUACUGAGUUGAAUUUAUCAAACAAUCAAUUCACCGGAGAUAUUCCGACUGAGCUUGGGAAAUUGCCGGUGUUAACGUACUUGGAUCUCGCCGGAAACUUACUUUCCGGCGAUAUUCCGGUUGAGUUGACGAAGUUGAAGCUCAACAAGUUCAACAUCUCCAAUAACAGACUUGAAGGCAAAGUGCCUCUUGGUUUCAACAUUGAUUUUUUCUUGCCAAGCUUAAUGGGUAACCCGAAACUGUGUAGUCCAGAUCUGAAACCACUCCCCACAUGCCCGAGACCCAAACCCGUUGGCUUCUAUGUGGUUUGGAUUCUAUCAGGCUUGGCCUUAAUUCUUAUAGGGUCACUUCUUUUGCUCGUGAUCAAGACCAAAAACUUGUAUGCAUUUGGUCGUAGAAAUAAACGUUCAUGGAAGAUUACCUCAUUCCUAAGGGUCAGGUUCACUGAACAAGAUGUACUAGCUUCAUUGACAGAUGAUAACCUAAUUGGAAGUGGAGGGUCGGGUAGGGUGUAUCGAGUCAAGCUAAAGAGUGGGCAGACAGUGGCAGUGAAGAGGCUAUGGGAAGCUAGCCGGCAAUUGGAAACUGAGGGGGUUUUCCAGUCAGAGAUGGAGACAUUGGGAACAAUCCGACAUGCCAAUAUCAUAAAAUUGUUGUUCAGUUGCAUUGGAGAGGACUUUAGGGUACUGGUAUAUGAGUACAUGGCAAAUGGAAGCUUAGGAGAUGUGUUGCAUGGAGAGAAGGGUGGUGUGUUGUUGGAUUGGCCAAAGAGGUUCGAGAUAGUUGUUGGGGCAGCACAUGGGCUGGCCUAUUUACACCAUGACUGUGUGCCUGGGAUUGUGCACCGGGAUGUUAAGUCGAAUAAUAUACUUUUGGAUGAGGACUUCAGGCCAAAGGUGGCAGAUUUUGGGCUAGCCAAGACGUUUCAGCAGGAUGUGAAGGAGGGUGAUGGAGUUAUGUCGCGUGUUGCUGGUUCCUAUGGCUACAUCGCGCCAGGUGAGUUGUUAAGGCUUUGUCCAUCUGUUGUUUAUGCACAUGCAGUGUUAGAUUAUUAAUUCAUUUAGGUAUCAUUUAUAACGUAUCAUUCAUCCGAUGGCAUAAUAUUCUAGUCUAGACUACGUUAUGGAUUGUUAUGAAUCUUACUAACUAUGAAACCUGUGCGAAAACUCAAAGAAGCAGCAAUGGAGACAAACUGAAACAAGACUCUCAUUCAUUCAACUCAAGUUCAUAAUGAAGGUUACAGAGAUAUAUAUAGAAGCCUAAGCCUUGGUUAGUUCUGAACUAAACUAACUAACUAAUCUCCUAACAGAAUCCUUACGACUGGAUUAGUUACAACUCAGUUAAGUGCAUACGUGAACUCUGUUAAUCGGUGCUGUUGACAUUUGCCCUCAGUUUGUGGCUGUAACAAAAAAUUAUAAUUAGAUCUAAACAUAUUGAUCUAUGGAGCAUUGAAUGUCUUUGUCACCUUGUAGUUGUUAUAAUGUUGAUAAACUAAAGCUACAUCAGGUCAGGCAAACUGCAAUUGUCUAAAGGAGCAAAAGGAAACAACACAAAUUAGAAAAGGUGAUGAAAAAACAAAUUUUAACCCAUACCAUACUUGGGCUAUUUUGGUUUGAUUGUUUUGAGUUUGUAUUCGUUUGAAUAUUCUGAAUUACUUUAGGAAUUUAAUUGGUUGUUUUUUCCUUAAUGAUUUCACAUUUAAAGCCACUAUUUGAGGGCAUUUUCUGUUUUUAUAUUGUCAUAGUGAAACUUAAUCGACACCCCUGCGUAACUCUUUGAUAGCCCUUCAUGGUAUUCCUUCCAAUGGAGUUUGGGGUAUAAAUUUUCAGCGAAAAGGAUGAGGAACGGGCGCGUAGUGGAUAUAUGGAGAAAGUUAUUAUGUAUAGAAGCUUUACAGUCUUAUGUUUGGUGAAAAGGCAUAUAACAAAAUGUUGAUAGAUAUGGCAUUAUUAGGAACAUGAAGAACAAUAGUCAAUGAAUUUUGUGUCUAGAAUGUUUGUGGCACUACUGUAUGACUACUCUGAGCAAGUGAAUUUUCAAGUUUGUGUGAUGUAACUGAUGCAAGAUGAACUUUUCCUAUAUCGGUAAAGGGAUGAAAAAGGAAAAAUCUGUGUUAUAUGCAGUGAUGGCUAACGUCCUAACAUAUCCACACUGUUGUAAUGAUUGCAGAGUAUGCAUACACAUUAAAAGUUUCUGAGAAGAGUGAUGUGUACAGCUUUGGUGUCGUGUUGUUGGAGCUAAUUACGGGGAAGAGGCCAAAUGAUUCCUCCUUUGGGGAGAAUAAGGAUAUUGUGAAGUGGUUGACCGAGGCUGCCUUGUUAGCUCCAGAACAAGGAAGCGGCAUUAAUGGCGGUAGUUCUAUAGAUAUGAGUGUGCUGAUAGACCCGAGGAUGAAGGCAUCCACAUGCGAUUACGAUGAGAUUGAGAAGGUUUUGAACGUGGCUCUUCUUUGCACUUCCGCAAUUCCCCUCAACAGACCCUCCAUGAGAAGAGUUGUCGAAUUGCUGAAGAACCGUUCACUGGUUCAGUCAAAAUGACAUGGUUAGUCUGUGGAAUAGUUUGGUAACAUUUUAGAGUCUUCUACCCCUUUUUGUAUGGAUUCUGAUUUUCGCAUUACGGUAAGCUUAUUAGGCUAUGUCUGAAAUUCGAGUUAAGCUCAAACACACUAUACAAAGGCAGUCCAAAUAUAACAAAGCAACCUGAACAGCCAAACACUUGGCUUGUGGUAUGUAGUCCCUUUUUUUAUUAGUAAGGAUGCUUGAUUGUAUUUUAGGUCUUCUAAUGUUCAUAUUGCUGGUUUAUAAGCUUGCAGCUCUCUACAUUCAUAGCAGAAGGAGUCUGAAAACUUUUGAUGGCCACGAACGGUUCAAUUCUCUUUGAACAG